AUGCAGAAGGUUCAGCUAUUAACCAUUAUUUUUAUUUUCAUCUCCUCUAUUGUUUCAAAUCUCGCCAUUGGAGAUGCCACAAGUACUUUCAAUGUGGUAGAUUUUGGUGCCAUUGGAGAUGGUGAAACUGAUAAUUCUAAGGCCUUUCUACAAGCAUGGAAAGCUUUAUGUGAAGCUGAAGAAGAUGAGUAUGGAGGCAUGCCAAUGCUUCAAAUACCUGAUGGCACUUUCUUGCUGAAGCCCUUGCAAUUUCAAGGUCCAUGUGUAUCUAAUUCUAUUCAUAUUCAGUUAUUGGGGAAGAUUUUAGCACCCAGUACUAUUAAACGUAAAUGGUGGAUACUCUUCACUGAAGUAAAUGGUCUGAUUCUUGAUGGUUCUGGUUCUAUUGAUGGUCAAGGCUCUCUAUGGUGGAAUAAGGUAAGUUUAUUUCUUGCUUUGCAAUUUCAUAGAUGUGAUAAUCUUGAAUUAAGUGGAUUAACACAUAUCAACAGUCCAAAAGGGCAUAUGGGUUUGAAUUACUGCAAUGGUGUGUCAAUUUCUAAUCUUACAAUAACUGCUCCUCAAGAUAGUCCUAAUACUGAUGGAAUUGACAUUUCCUAUUCUUCCCAAGUUAACAUCUUCAAUUCCACCAUAGCAACUGGUGAUGACUGUAUUGCCAUUAAUGGAGGCUGCUCCUAUAUCAACAUUAACAAUGUUAAGUGUGGACCAGGACAUGGAAUCAGUGUGGGAAGUUUAGGGGAUAAAGGAGAAAUGGAUCUAGUAGAAGAGGUGCAUGUACAAAAUUGUACGUUCAUCGGAACUGAGAAUGGUGCAAGAAUCAAGACAUGGCCGGGAGGAUCAGGAUAUGCCAGGAAAAUUUCAUUUGAGCAAAUCAUUCUCCAGGGAACUAAGAAUCCUAUCAUAAUAGACCAGUAUUACUGCAAUGGACAUCAAUGCACAGCAGUGAAAGUAAGUGAGAUAAAGUACAGUGGAAUUUCUGGAACUUCUGAGAGCCAGCAAGGGAUUACACUGAAUUGUGCUGAGUUGGGGUGCACCAAUAUCACAAUGGAAGAAAUCAAUAUUACUUCAUCUGAGCCUGGAGAAGAGAUUUAUGCCUACUGUCAAAAUGCCAAUGGAACCUCUUCUUUUACCUUCCCUCAAGUUCCCUGUCUAUUGGGGUUUUAGAUUAUGUUUUUACAUGUGUAAAGAGUAAUAUAAACAAUCAGAGUACCCUGAAUUUGAUGUUUAUAGCUUAGGAAAUGAAAUUUUUGAAAGAAAAUAGUUCUCUCCAAAUCCACCACAACCCUGCGAGUAAGAAAUAAAAAUAAGAAAAAGAAAACUACAUAGCUCGUCCGGAGGAGGUGGGAAGGAAAACCCAGGCUCCCUACUCGGACGGGAUAUAAAGAUGUCACAGGCCACAGAAGUGGUGAGGAUACUAAACUCCUGAUAAAGAAAAUAAAAGUCUCUAUGAAAAGGAUAGAUUGUCUUCUUCACUUUGAAGGAAGGGAGUUACUGCCUGGUGGCUAGCUGUGCAUUAUUUUAUUUCCAUUCAAACAGAGAAAUGGUUGAAAAACAUGAGCACCAAAAAGAAAAAA